GGCCGGCAGGGGCCGCUCCUCGCGGCGCCCGGGGCCCCGCCGCGCCCGCCGCCGCCCGCUCCCCGCCCCUUCCCCGGCCGGCGUUCCCGUUACGCCGCCGAGCCGGGAGCCGGAGCCGGAGCCCGCGGCCGCAGCGGGAGGCGGCGCGGGGCCCGGCGGCGGCGGGGCCUGCGGGGCCUGCGGGCGCGCGCCGGGCCGGCCAGGGCGGCCAUGGCGACCAGGAAGGCGGGCUCGCGGCUGGAGACGGAGAUCGAGCGCUGCCGCUCCGAGUGCCAAUGGGAGCGGAUCCCCGAGCUCGUCAAGCAGCUGUCGGCCAAGCUUAUCGCCAACGAUGACAUGGCUGAGCUGCUCCUAGGGGAGUCGAAACUGGAGCAGCACUUGAAGGAGAAGCCCCUUCGUCAGGGAGCCAGUCCCCGGGGCCCCAGACCCCAGCUGACCGAAGUGCGCAAGCAUCUGACUGCUGCUCUGGACCGAGGAAACCUCAAGUCAGAAUUCCUACAAGAGUCCAAUCUGGUCAUGGCCAAGCUGAAUUACGUGGAAGGAGAUUAUAAGGAAGCCCUGAAUAUCUACGCCCGGGUGGGCCUCGACGACCUCCCACUGAUGGCUGUGCCUCCCUACAGGCUGCGGAUGAUUGCUGAAGCCUACGCCACCAAAGGACUUUGUUUAGAGAAGCUGCCUGUUUCAUCCUCUACGAGUAAUCUCCAUGUGGACCGGGAGCAGGAUGUCAUCACCUGCUAUGAGAAAGCUGGGGACAUUGCACUCUUGUACCUGCAGGAGAUAGAAAGGGUAAUACUAACUAAUAUUCAGAACAGAAGCCCUAAGCCUGGCCCUGCUCCCCACGAUCAAGAACUAGGUUUUUUCCUAGAAACAGGACUUCAGAGAGCCCAUGUCCUCUAUUUCAAAAAUGGGAACUUGACAAGAGGAGUCGGGAGAUUUAGGGAGCUUCUCAGAGCUGUGGAGACGAGGACAACACAAAACCUGCGAAUGACAAUAGCCAGGCAAUUGGCAGAAAUCUUGUUACGGGGCAUGUGUGAGCAGAGCUACUGGAACCCUCUGGAGGAGCCUCCCUGCCAGUCACCUCUAGAUGAUCCUCUCCGGAAAGGAGCAAACACUAAAACCUACACACUCCCUCGCAGAGCCCGCGUCUACUCAGGAGAGAACAUUUUUUGUCCUCAAGAAAACACUGAAGAGGCACUGCUGUUGCUGCUCAUUAGUGAAUCUAUGGCCAACCGAGAUGCUGUGCUGAGCAGGAUUCCUGAACACAAGAGUGACCGCCUCAUCAGUCUGCAGAGCGCAUCUGUGGUCUAUGAUUUACUGACCAUUGCUCUUGGGAGAAGAGGCCAGUAUGAGAUGCUGUCAGAGUGCUUAGAAAGAGCCAUGAAGUUUGCCUUUGAGGAGUUCCACCUCUGGUACCAAUUUGCUCUGUCGCUGAUGGCUGCCGGAAAGUCUGCCCGUGCUGUGAAGGUGCUAAAGGAAUGUAUCCGGCUAAAGCCAGAUGAUGCCACCAUCCCGCUCCUGGCAGCCAAGCUGUGUGUGGGUUCCCUUCACUGGUUGGAAGAGGCUGAGAAGUUUGCCAAAACUGUUGUUGAUGUGGGAGAGAAAACGUCAGAAUUCAAGGCCAAAGGCUACCUAGCUCUGGGGCUCACAUAUAGUCUGCAAGCCACUGAUGCUUCUUUGCGAGGGAUGCAGGAGGUCCUGCAGAGGAAGGCACUUCUUGCACUUCAGAGGGCCCACAGCCUGUCACCUACAGACCACCAAGCGGCUUUCUACCUGGCUCUGCAGCUCGCCAUCUCCAGACAGAUACCAGAAGCUCUCGGAUACGUUCGCCAAGCUCUUCAACUCCAGGGUGAUGACGCCAACUCCCUGCACCUCCUCGCUCUCCUGCUGUCAGCCCAGAAGCAUCACCAUGACGCUCUCAACAUCAUCGACAUGGCCCUGAGCGAGUACCCAGAAAAUUUUAUACUGCUGUUUUCCAAAGUGAAGCUGGAGUCGCUCUGCCGGGGCCCGGAUGAGGCACUGCUCACCUGUAAGCACAUGUUACAGAUAUGGAAAUCCUGCUACAACCUUACCAAUCCCAGUGUGGAGAUAAUUAACAGUGCCGCUUCCAGCCAGUCGGUAUGGAUGAUACGUGACUCUGGACGUGGGAGCAGCCUCUUAGAUAGAACCAUCGCUGACAGACGACAGCUUAACACAAUCACUUUGCCAGACUUCAGCGAUCCUGAGACAGUGUCAGACUCCUCCUCCUCCUCUUCUAUCUCAAGAACCGAAUCUCCUCUCCACCUGUUUGUGUCUUCUCCUCUUCAUUCUCAUCCCAAACCUGACAUCUUUGUGUGGCCCCCUGCUGCUCAUUCAUUAAGUGACCCAGGUCCCCACCGGGAACCUUCACUCUGCAACUCUCCAGAAGCACAUUUUCAUGGUUUUCCUUCCCUCUUUUCAGUUAGCUCCGUCCAUGCCACGUCAGUAGCAGCCUCAAGAGUGGAGCAAGCACUGUCAGAAGUGGCCUCGUCUCUGCAGAGCAGUGCUCCCAAGCAGGGGCCACUGCACCCCUGGAUGACGCUGGCACAGAUCUGGCUCCAUGCAGCUGAGGUUUACAUUGGCAUUGGAAAACCUGCUGAAGCUACGGCCUGUACCCAGGAAGCUGCCAACCUCUUCCCAAUGUCCCACAAUGUCCUAUAUAUGCGGGGCCAGGUUGCUGAGCUUCGAGGAAACUUUGAUGAGGCUCGGCGGUGGUACGAAGAAGCCUUGUCCAUCAGCCCUACCCAUGUGAAGAGCAUGCAGCGACUGUGAGCCAGAUGACCCGCGUGGGACCCCACCUGGAGGCCGGCCUCUUUGGUCCCUGGCUAUUGGAAAUGGAGCGCCAAAGCUUGUGUCAUUUUGGCAACCCUCUCGCAUCGGACAUUUUCCACUUGAAGUCCAGAUGGGCCCAGAGAAGUCACAUCUCCAGGCAACAUGCAGGGAUGGCUGUGGAAGCCAACACCUCCCACAUAGCCUGCUACACUUGGCCAGGAGUACAUCUGACACAGAAGCUGGACAUGAUGGGUGAUGGGCAGAACUGGGACCUAGCACCCACUCUGUGGUCAUCAAUGGAGUAAUUAUGGUAUACCCAGAGUGUGUAGGGAAUGAAACGACUCGUAAGCAACAGUAAGCGUUGUCUGCAAACUGCAAGUGCCCAGAGGUAGAAAGGUCAGUGAGUAAACGUGGCCUCUGCCUCAGUGACCCUAGGGUUCCCUAGUCUAACAGCUGGUGGCUUCCGCUCUGUACUGUUGACUUCUUGGAGUGUUCCAAGUUUCCUAUAAAUCUGGACCUUCUGGCAUGCUCAGCCCAAACCUGCUUACCCGCCUACUCCUGAGAAGGCAGAAAGCGGUGCUGCCCCACCCAAGGACUCUAGGGAGUUAGAGUCACUCAGUUAGGCUCACUCAGUUAGGCUCACCUGUAGCCUCUCUGAGCAGAAUGGGAGCAGAACUGCCCCUUCCCUCCUGGUCACAUGUGGAGAGCGCAUCCUAAGGCUGCUCUCCUAUGCAUUUAGUUUUGCAACUCACUCGGCCUCUUUCUCUGGCCCAGCCUCUUCCCUGAGAAGCCUUUCUGGUCACAUCAGCCACUACUUCUCAAGCCUGGGACAGCGUGUACACUGAGUAUGUAAUAAUGAUUCAAAAGACGUAGUAAAUACGGGCCAGAGCAUUCUGCACUCUGCCUUCCUCUUCCAGACUGCAAAAGUGAGACUCGAGAGACAGGACGAGGUCUAGGUUAGCCGUAGAUCACAUAGUAGGGUGGAAAGGGGGCUGCCACACCCACUGGGCUCCUCCAAGCCCUGCCUCCUGCCCAGGCACCUCACUAAACUUGCUGGAGCCAGGCUUUUGCUUGCAGUGCUUGGUGGGAAAUGGUCUGACUGAACCCAGAGAACACCCACAAAGGCAUGGCUUCCUUCGCCCUUCCCUGACAACAGGUUGUCACUGGGGUCAGGUACUACUGUUUGGAUAUUUUAUACUAUUGUAGGCUCAUUGUUUGACUGCUUGGUUCUCACCUGAUGGCGCUGUUCAGGAAGGAGUAGAACCUUAAGGAGAAAAGUAGGGCCUAGUUUGAGGAAGUGGGUCACAGGACUCAGGCGUAAGGCUAAUAGCUCAGCCACAAGCACUGCCUGCCUCAAGCCCUUCCCUGAGGUUUCUUCUGGUCUGGUAUUUGGUCAUGGUGGGGUCCACCAGGCCAUUUGGGAAGGGAUCCAGGCUUGGGCCACCAUAGCCAGGUCAGGGUUUCUAAGGCUCGCCCUCUCAGGCCUGGGACUCCAGAAAGCCUCAGAAGAGCCUCUUUGUUGACUGGUUACAUAUAACUUAUUGUGACCAUGACAGGCCCAUAAUUGGAAGCCCUCUGCCCUCCCCAACAAGGCCCUGGGGAUAUCCCACCUAUCCAUGUCCCCUCUAGGGAAGCUGGGCCUCUUAUAUGGAAACAGUGGUCCUGGACAGCUGUGCUCCUGCACCUGCCUGGAAUGACACACCAGCUUUCCAAACAGGCAGGGACAGAAGUCUCUUCUGGAGACAGGUAGGGCCCCCUGGGAGGUAAUUAGCACCCGACUUUCCGCUGUGUGAAUAACUUGGGCCAUGGGGAAGCACGUGACUUUAAGGCCAUUCUGGCUUGCCGUUGUUUUCUGCCUGACUUGUUGUUGAAGGUAGAUAAAAAUAAAUAAAUAAGUCAACCAGGGAGAUGUAUAAAUAAGUCAACAGGAGUCUCCUGCCCAUUGCCUGUGGAAAAGUACCAGAAAGGGCAGCCAGGUAGCACCCACAGAAUAGAGCACAGUGCCUAGGGAACGGCAGUUGCCACAGCAUCAGGACCAAAGCACUUCUCUCCUAAGAGCAAGCCAGGCUCAGCCAGUGAGCUCACCCCACUGCAGCAAAGUCCGAGCCUAAUUUGGCAGGUGGGGGAGGGGAAGCUAGAGGUUCAGUUUGGACUGUUGGCAGGGUACCGGACUACCUCUGGUUUCAGACUGAGACAGGUGCAUACCAUCCCCACAUCAAGGCUUCCGAGUCACUGUCUUCACCCCCAUCAGUGGUCCUGGCUCUCUGCUAACUGGAUGUCCUUUGAUGAUGCAUAGGAUUGCCUGGCCUGACACUUCCUCAAGUGGGUCAGCACACCAGGCAGAGCUACGGAGGCUGACACUGCUUCUGUGCUGACUGGUGGCUGAGUUUGUGAGCAUCUUGCCUCAGGCUCCUGCCAGAGGGAACUCCUCUGGUGCUGGGGGACUACAGGCCCCUGCCUGACUCCCAGGGCCCUUGAGUGCAGUAACACCAAGCACCAGGUGCUCAGACAUCAGGGCCAGUGAGUGGCCCCUGUCUCAGGGACAGGGGGCAGCAGCCAGACUGCCUGGUUAUGAGUUUCUAAGACAGCGUGGCCUCAGAGAGGAGCUGACCACAGUGUCUUUCCAUUAUAAAAGCCACAUCUCCCUCUUCCCUGAUUAGCAAAACCAUUGCACAUUAAUCCCAAGGGCAAGUGAAGUUGUUUGGGGCCAGGGCAGUGCGCCCAGGCAGAGAGCCUGGUCCUGACACUGUUGGUAACAGUAACACCCUGCUCCUCUGCCUCAUGCCUUCUGAUUGGGCAUUUGACUGGCUAGCAAAUGAGCUCAUCCUCUCAAGAGCCAGGCAGCUGGUGUGUCCACCAGGAGGAAUUAGAUACAUUGUCUUCUGUCUCACGGCCACUUUGGGGGUCACAGCUCCUCCCCUACACUUAAGUGGUCAUGGACCCUAAGCUUCAUCCUCCCCUUCCACUUAGCAAGUAAGAGAGUUGGAUCUUGUCUGGGACACUUCCUGUAGCUUCCUCCCUUCAGGCAGACAUUGGUUCUGAACACUCAAGAGAUAUCCUGACUCUGCCUAAGAUACCAGACCAGGGCAAGACUCCUGAGAGGUCUACCCUCCAGGCCCAGGCCUGUGCCCCUCAGGGGAUAGGAAUAUGACCCUGUGACAGUGUGCCCCUGGGUCUCUAGCAGGCCACACAGUACAGGCACACUGGUGCCCACUGUGUACCCACUGCUCUCCACACUCAUUUGUGGAUGAAGGGGAGAGCCGGAGCGGUUCUGGUUGUAGCAGCGCGAGCAGAGCCUGUCCUGGGGACACAGAUACCAGACUGCUGUUCUGUGGCUCACUUCUGCGGUCCCAGCAGAGGCACUGUUUAGGGAAAAUAUAUCUGCUCAAGAUACAUACGGACUUUCUGGUCAUUGUAAAUAUUUCAGUAUGGUAGCUGCCAGCAGCAUUUCCCUGGCAGUGGGAGGAAUGUGUAGUAUAAAAGUGAUCUUCCCUCAGAAUCCUGAAGACGGACCAGGGCUGGCUGAGGGGUUAUUGACCUCUUUGUCCCCCUUCCCAAUGAAGCCACAUUUCUGACUUUUGUUUUUAAAAAGUACACAGAACUGAAUAGGUAAUAAGUAAAAACAGCAUCUGUAUCAGGGUUUCAGCGGAUUGGUUACUGGGGAACCAAUCUCCCCACAGGCCUGUGCUUGCUUUCUCCUAGCCACCACCACCCUUGUCCCACCCAUAAUAAGGGCCCUUGGGAUGCUCCUGUUACCUACUGUCCUCCGCCUGAACUGCAUCCUAACUUCCUUCUGUGGGCGGGGGUGUCUUUGGGACUUCUCAGGCCUUGGCCAGCCAGGUGGCUGUGGUCCUCCCCCAAACUAACCCAAUGACCCCCAGUUCUCUAAAAAGCCUGGCAGCCUAUAGAUAGAUUGUCACUAGUGCUGAGUGCCCCCUUUCAAAGAAAUCAGGCCAGAGGCAAUUGAGGGCCUGACUGGACGGGCCCUGGGGCUUACAGCCAGACCUCUGUCUCCUCACUGCCAGUGUCGGCAGCCAUCGCUGCAGCCUCUCUAAUUACAGGCCCAUUCCUCUAGGACAUUUCACAACACCCUGAGAAGAAGCCACAUUAAAAGAUUCUGCCAGUCACGUGACUUUAAAAACCAUUCAAAAAGAAAAGGCCAUCUUCAUGCUUCCCUGAGACUUGAUGAUGGCUUGCUCUGAACCCACAGUGAGGCCUCUUCCUUUGAGGACCUACAUGAUGCAGACUGCAGUCAAAUGGAGAGAGAUUUAAAUUUACCAUCCCUGCAAAGCCCAAAGUGUAGGGAAGGAGGGAGGGAGGGAGCAAGCUGUUUCAGAAGUUCCUUCGGGUCUUUAAUGCAGCCAGGUAGAAGCAGAAGGGGACGUACCCGCAUGACUUCAGAACACCAGAGCCUGGGGACUUGAGAGAAAGGCUUUAGAGGCCCAUUAAUGCCAGGAAUACUGGGGUACAGUAAGCUCCUGAUGCAAGAAUAGGGGGCCACCUACCUGCUGAGAAGAGCAGGGACCCAGAACCCUGGGCUGAGUACUGCUGUUUCUGUUGCUGAUUGGCUCUCAAGCAUAGAAAAAUACGAGGUUUGUUUGCUACAAGGUUUAUCAUCAUCAUCAUCAUCAUCAUCAUCUGUUCUAGUUAGCUUGGAGGAGAGGAGGAGGCAGCCCUUGUCUGAGUCCUGACAUUCAAGUGGGGCUGGGGCUUGUAGUGUGGUGUGAAAGGCAGAGGCCACGGGGAUUAGAGAAAGUUACCUUUAAUGUCACCCCAGCCCUGGAGAAAGGCCACAUAGCACCAGGCUUGGCCUCAGCCAGUAGUUCUAGAGCUCUCUCCUCAACCCGUUGCUGACCUUUGGCAGAAGUCCCUCUCUGCAGUGUGACAGGGCUCUGGCAGCUGGCAGAUGGCAUCUCCCUGCUGUCCUUUGUCCCUGUAACCUCCCCCCUGCUGCCCUUCAGCCCGGGUCCCCAGAGCAGCACUCAAGCUCCAGACACUGAGCAGCCUCAUAAAUGCACUGUCCUCACUGGAGCGCCUGCAGGCCACCCCGGGAUGGCGGCAGAAGCUGUGUGCUGGAGAAAGCUGCAUGCAGACACACUCGGGUACCUGCCGCUCUGCAUCUAAAAUGGGCACAAGGUUGUCAGGAAGGCCUCUGCGAGAACUGGGGAAAAACAGUUUAAAUACACUCAAGCUGCAAAGCCAGGCCUGCUCUGCUCUGAAGGAGGAUAGGGUUGCCUGACCUCCCGGGCUCCUUCUCCAGGAAGCCAAGUGCAGUGUGCAAGCCCCUCCCGCAGUGUGCAGUGGUGGGUGUGGACAGAAGAAUGUGGGCAGGUGGCUGGACUGAGAAGUCCUGGCCCAGAACCAGACUGACAUAAUUAUCCUGGAUGCAUACACUUGCCUGCCCUGUGCUCUGAGCAAACGAAGGGAACAGAAGACAGCCUGGUGGAAACCAGACCUCACCCAGAGAUGCUGGGAUCCAGAUAGAGAAACCAAGGGCAGCCCCCACCACCACCACCUACACGGCUGGUUCAGUUCUUCCGCAGGAGUCAGUGGGAAGCAAGGGCAGGCUGAUAGCAGUCCCCUGAGCCACAUCACAAAGUGCUCAUGCCCAGAACAGACAGCUCUUCUAGUGCUUCAGAGGAGGAAGAGGCUGUGGAGAGGAUCGGGACCACCCAAGGCUCUGUGUUCCAGGGCCACUACCAACCAUCCUGUCAAAGCCAUUUGUUCCCUGUGGGCUUCUGAGAGUAGAACUAGUUCACUGUCGGUCUCUGACUUAAGGAAACAUUUGUUAAAACAUCUCUGGCUAAUUCUCUUCUUUCCGAUCAGUGGUGUGUGCUGCACCUCACCAUCCAAGCUGCCGAGCACAGCAUCGACCUGUGCCCGUCCCUGGAGCUUGUGUCUUGGAGCCCAACUCUGUCUGGAGCAGACAGUCUCACACUGCUUCAGGUGACCAUCACAGCAUGCGAAAAGCCAGGGCAGGGCACUGGUCUGGAUCUGCACUCACUCAAUGCUUAGGUCAAUUUCUUGAGUCCAAGAUCUUUCAGGGCUUGCUGAGGUGGUGGGGUUCGUCCAGCCCUUGCCCUGUCAUCAUCUACAGCAAAGCCCGGUGAGGAAGUGGAGCUGUAGGGCAUCCUGCAAUUCUCACAGACAGCUCAGCAAACUCUUGAUGUCCAUCAACUCCUUGUACACUGAAAACUCAGACAAGCUGCUGGCCCCGGGGGUUUGUCCACCUCUGGUCUUUGAGGACACCAGACAUCACUGCCUUGAGCCACUUGCCCUAACCCUGCCCCCUACAGGGUCGCAAUGAUGGCAUUUCUGACCUAGAAGUGGGAACAAAGCUAUUAAAGUCCAGUGAGUGGCAGCUGGAGACAGCGUGGGACUGACAGGAGCAAGAGUCAUCCGUACCCAGCCUGGAGAGUGCCCAGCACUCUCUCCCCAGACACUGCUGGGGACAGGACAGCCAGCUGGGGACAACUGGCCUAACUGCAGCUGAGCCUAAGGUUUCAGCAGUGGCUUCUUUGAGAAGGAUGCUCUCUCAUGGAUGUCACCUCCCCAUGCCAAUACUCCUGGGACAAGUAGACUGUGGCAUGCCUUGACUUCAGCAAAUGGCUGCCCUUGCUCUUGGGCAGAGAGCACCAUGGAGGUGUCUGAGAUUCCCAGAGGAGCUUUGGCCUUGAAGGCUUCUGACUCGUGAACCGCAGCCUUCCAGGGGCUCCUGUGUGCUCCUUAGGCAUGUGGCAAGGUAUUGAGUCUAGGGCAGCCACUACCACCACAACAAGGCAGACACUAAUUGCCCUCAAACUAGCCAAGUCCAUUUUAUCUCACUUGAAAUAACAGGUUUAAUUUAAUCCUUUAUUUCUAGUUUGGUGCAUCACCAAGAUCGUAUUUGUAUAAAACACCUGAUUAGAAUAAUUACAAGCCUGAAGCUGUCUGCAUUUGUGUCUGAUGAAAGGACCAGCAAGGAGCUCCGUAUUCUGCAUGAACGAGGGGACCCAGUGCUAGGGGCAUGUGCGUGCAUCACAGCUCCAGUCUCCCUUCCACAGACGGGGCGGGAGCUCAGCCUGUGGCACACAUCCACCCUGGUGUCCACCCUGGUAGCAGUCGAGGAUGGUGGGGGUAGAGCCUGCACCUAGCAUUGAAUAAGGACCUGGUGCCAUUAGACAUUGUCACCGCUCUUUAAGACAGGCCUGAGUCACACCUACCUGUGUGUGUGUGUGUCACACGAGUCUGGAUAUCACCCAUAUAUAGGUUGUGUCCACUUUGAUGGUGGUGAGGGAAUUGUGAGUUCUAGGGUCAUGGAGUAUGUCAGCUUUCCUCUCUCUUGCUUGUUGGAGGGCUGAGAGCCAGUGCUCCUGACCUACUUGAGGGGAGCAGGGCACCUUGGACCUCAGGAAGUUGGGAGGCCCAGGAUUUUGAUAGGCCUGGAGUUCUACCAGGAAGGGCCAGACUGACGGAGGUUGGGGAAGUGAGAGGGACCCCGCAGUGUGUCCAGUGGCAGCCAGCCUGGCUGAACCAUGAGACUGCUGCAGCCAGCUGGCAGAGGGAACAGUUCAAUGCAAAGCUUCCAGUCUUAGGAGAGGAAAAGAGGCAGGGCCUGUGGGCCUGGAAGGGAUGUUGGUGCUGUUACAGAAUUGCUCUUCAAGGCCAGGGCCAAAAGAAGGCCUCUGGGGCAUGGAAGGGUUUGGUCACAUAGUCAACUGCCAGCCACGUCUGGCCAACCUUUUGCUUAGCAAGAAUAUGCUGUGAUAGUUCCUAUAGUGUGACUGAUUUCCCAACUGGACUUGGCUCACUGGGGAGAUAGGGAGAGGUCUACCUUUCAAUUCUGUGGCAAGCCCACACUGGCUUUAGGAGUUAAUUCCACAGAACACAUUGUUUGGGAAGUUCUGAGGUCAUCUGAGAGUGGCAGUCUGUCUCAACCUUAGCCUAACCACUAGGAACCACAGAGACCCCACUCACCACCACCAACCCAGCUCUGAGGAGGUCAGGCAUUCCCACUCACUGGGGCUGUGCUGUCUAGGACUUUUAGCAGUGUAGAUGUGCCCUACCCUGGAGCCCAUAGUAGGCAGUGACCAUGUGCAGUCACUGCCAUAUCAAAACAGAGUUCCAGGGGCCUGGAGAGAUGGCUCAGUGGUUGAGAGCACUGACUGCUCUUCCAGAGGUCCUGAGUUCAAUUCCCAGCAACAUCAAUACAUAAAAUAAAUAAAUAAAUCAAAACAGAGUUCCAGCCUAGGGAUGGGGACCUGCUCCAGCAGGAUGAGACCAAUGGCCAGGCAUUUGCUGUCUGUACUGCAGUGGGCACCCAUCCCUUCAGGAAGACCAGCCCCAGGGCUGAACAUCUCCCUGUUCCUACCCAGUUCCCUUCCUCUCUAAGAGGCAUGAAGAGGCUGAGGAGAAGCCCCUGCACACUGAGGCCAGCCCUCUGUGACAUCGACAUCACCUUUUGCUCCUCCUUGUCCUCCUCUUCCUCCUCCUCACCCACGAAGACUUCCCAAACCCUUUUCCCCCCAGAACUAGAGUUCUCUCUUCCGGAACCCCCAGUGGAGGACCUCCACAGGGCAACUUGGCUGUCAUCUCUCUGACCACCAGCUCUUCCAGCAGGUGGGUAGCUCAGGGGUCAGUACAACCUUUUAGGCACCUGCAGGGCAGGUGCCCUGAGGAGGGGGCAGCUGCAGUUAACCAGACACUGCCUGCUGCAGGUGCUGGCUUCCUGACUGCUCUAGAGUGAUCACCAUCUGCCCCUGGUCUCAUGGUGAUGUCACCUGCAUGUGGCUCAGGCCACAGCUGCCACAGCUGCUCCUGAGACCUGACGCCUGAUGGUGAAGUAUGACUGUGAGAGCAGGAUAGGCCCACCUUGUAAGCACAGGCUAUGUGUAGGAGGAACAGGCUUCCUGGGAGAGUUGGUUGUUGCUGAACCCAAAUAACUACUCAAAUUGUCCCAGUGGUGGCAUGGCACUGUCCUUGCUACCUGCCCCAAUGUUUUGGGUUCCCAAAUGAGAGACAGACAGACAGGUGUGCGUGCGUGUGCAUACACACACACACACACACACACACACACACACACACACACACACCCUCAUAUUUUAAUAUGCCUUAAACAGCUCAAUGACUGGGCCACUUCCAAACCUCCACAUGGAUGGCUAACACAUUCCCCUCCAAUAUUUCUGAGUUACCUGCAGUCCUCUUGGACUGAUUUCCCCAGCACCUACACAAUGGCUAUAUUUUCUGUCCAGCACAUCUCAAGAGUGGCUUCUACUCCUUCCCAGGCAUGGUGGCUCUCCCUCUUCUUGCUCCUUCCUCAGUCCCUUGCCUGGGAACCCUAAAGUCUCUGUCUCCUCUGUCUCCCUGCCCAGCCAUUGGCCUCCAGCAACUUUAUUUACCAAUCAAAACCAACUGGGGGCAGGGUACCACCAUGUGUGGAUUCUCAUGCAAUUUUGGGGACCAAGUUAACAUGAUACAUUAAGCAUGAAACCACAUCCACAGCCACUGGGGUCAUACUUGAGCAGUGUCAGGCCAUGUCUUACCUUGGGCAGGAAAAUUACCCACCAUAAAGAUGUCAGUUUCUCCAUGCACACCUGGAAACUCAGUGCAAGUACAGUUUGACUCCUAAAGGGACUGACCAAAUGUUUGUCACAUAAUAGUUCAAGGAAAGAUGAUCAGGAAGUAUUUAAAAGCAAAUGGUAGAGAGGAAAGACUUUAGUCCUACCUGUUAAAAUAGGACUCACAGUGUGGAGAUUAAAACAGCAUGAUGCUAAAAUAGAGGCAACCUCUGUGGCACAGUGGAGCAUAGUAGGAUAGUAGGUGGCCCCUGCUUCUGGGUACUGCCUGCUGUAUGACAGCAAAGGGCAAGCCAGAUUAGCCAUUUUGUGUCUUACACAGCAGCAGAAAUGCAGGCCUGCCUGCUAAGGCAAAGUAAGCUACUUAAAACAGGACAAGUCACGAUACCCAGUGAGCGAUUGUUGGUCCUACAGGGUGUUAGCUUUGUAAGCUAGAGAGCGACACCACCCACCCCAGAUUUACAGCCAUUUGUGAAUUUCCUCUGAAAACAGGACUUAGCACGGUUCUACGGUUGGCAUUGCUUACUGCUCUGCAGAGGACCUGGGUUCGGUCUCCGGCAUCCAUGUGGCAGCUCAUAAGCAGCUGCAACUUUAGUUCCAGGGGAUUCUCUGCCCCCCUCUGCCCUCUGGGCUCCAGAGCACACGUGGUACACAUAAAUGCACACAGGAACACACACAUACACACAAAAAUAAUGAAUGAAUGUGGGGGCGGGGCAGAGGGUCUUGAUUCAAAGAAACUCAAAGAUGAUGGUGGUAGCAGAUAGUCUUCUAGGGGGUCCGAAGGAAAGGGGGGAUUAGCUUGCCCUGGUUAUCACAGAAGUGCAGAUCUCAACAGAGAGGACGGCAAGGACUCAUCUUAGUACAAGGGAGAGCAGAGACAGAGGGGCCUCCAGAGCAGCAGGCCAGAGAAGCUAACCUCACAGGAAGUGUGCACCGCUCUAAAAGAAGUCAGGGGCUCUAACAAUGACUGCCACUUUGGACACAUUUACCCUAAAGAGAGACUCUCCAAAUGAAGGCCACUGUGAAGGAUGGGGACACCAGACUCCCGCACCCUUAAUCCUCCACCCAGAUCAAUGUGCCAUGUCUGUUUCUGAACCGAUGGUGUUUCUCAAUAAGUUCACCUCACUAGAGGCUGCUGGAGCUGUAAAAGACUAACAGUCUGGUAAAGAAUGACUGCACAUGACUUUAGAAUGCUGAGGCAGGGGGAUUAUCCAAAUUGUAGGCCAGUGUGGUUUACAAAGUGAAAUCCCAUUCAAAGGACAGAGUAACACUUUCUAGAAAGAUGGCUGUGAAUGUGUGACAUUCAAGAGUAGAGGUUGACCAUGACCUCAGUGUCACCACACCAAGGAGAGGCUGGUUACAUAAGAGUGUAGCCAUUAGCUGAAAAGGCACUUACUGACCUGCACAACUGGGAAACGUGUCUGUGGUCAAAUAUUUGAGGGUCAACACAGAUGCCCUGACCUGAGGGAAAGGUGGCUUCUGUGUGCCGCUGAGCACUGUACAUUAGUGUAAGGCACUUGAUUAUGGCAAGAGAUGAGGCUUUCUUAAUGUCAUAUCCCAAUGAUGCCACAGAUGACAGAUGCCUUCCCAUACAGGCUGGUGCCAGCUAGGACACAACCGGUCAGCCACACUGAAUCACUAUAGACCUUUCCGAUUGGUUGAUUCUUGAGAAACUUUCAGAUAAACUAUACAAAACUACCUUCAUUUGGUUUUCAUUUGGGGGUGGUGUGGUUGUUUUUCUGGUUUGGUCUGGUUUUGGAGGGUUGGUGGUGUUUCUUGCUUUGCUUUUGAGGCAGGGCCUCACUGCCACCCAGGAUGACCUCAGCUACUCCUGAGCCCCUGGAUGCAGUGAGCCGUGCAUCUGUUUGUAGUCGAAAGGUCAGUGGACCCAGCAGUUUCCGGUGUCUUGAACUGUGGCUCCUAAGCUCAGGAGUUGGCGAGAACGCAUGUGCCCAGACACAUUCCUACCUCCUGGGCCCCUACUCAGGGUCCAGGUCAGGUAGGUGCCUGGCGCCCUUGAGUGUCUGACUGUCUGUCU